CCGCAGCCAAAGCGUAGUCAGCCCCCACUUGCGGCGGCCCCUGUGGCCCUGAAUCAAGGACGAAUGACCGCUUUGAUGGAUACGGCCCAAAGAGGAGAACUCGUACCAUAUGCCCCAGAACAACUCUCCCCCUCUACGGCAACGGCGUCGACAUCGGGAGCUUCUUCCUCUGACGCUGCUAACGUGGUCGACCCACUCGAAUAUCUUCAUCUUGCAGGCAUGGUCGGAGCGAUCCGAUCGGCCCCUUAUGAUCUCGAAUGGGUCGAUCGCGAAUCCAAUCCUGGUCCGCAGUUUUGGACAGGAGAAAUUGAUGUGCUACGAGCAAUCAAGCAAUUGGAUAUUCGUGUUCCGAUCCCGGUGGGACAUCUGCUCACCAUAUCUGAAGCGACGAAUGAUAAACUUUUGCAACAUUGUCAGAAAAAUCAAAAGCACUUCACCUUCCAGCGCGUACAGCGAAUGUUGAAGAAGAAGGAAGGAAGCGAGGAAGUUGCACCACCCGAACCCGAAGCCGGCGAACCUGAGGCCGCGCGUAUAGCAGCGAUCUCUUUAGCAGAAAAAAAUCACUUUGUACGAGCUCGGCCGGUACUGUGGAAGAGCGCGGAAUGUGAUUGUGAAGUUUGGGGCAAGCCGUUUAAUGCCCUUAUCGACACAGGGUCUUCUGUAGUAGCCAUAUCAUUAGACACUGUCAGAAAGACGGGACGACUCGGGUCCAUUCUUCCUCAAUCUGGCAAGGACAAUUAUGUCUUAGACGACGAGGAAGCAAUGAACAUCGUAGGCAUUAUAGAGAAUGUGGUUGUAAAGGUUGGACGAGUGCACGUCCUCGUCAACGCGCUCGUAGCAGAUCGUGAGGCUGUCGCGGACCAUGUGCAGGACACAUUCAGGGCCCGCUCCCGUCUCUAUCGGUACCUGGUUGUUGGCCAGAAGGUCGACAGCAAGGGGGUCAUGAUGCUCAGUUGCACGUUUUGCAACAAAGUUUUCCAAGGGACCCAUUUUCAGGCCACGAGGCACUUCUCGCUGACAAACUACUGCAAGGACGUCAGCGACGAGGCGUUCUACGAGAUUGCUCGACGGACUGAACAGAAGUUCGAGGCCAAUCAAAUGGAGAGGGUUUCCAGGUAUGCAGCGGAGUGCGGACUCGAUGUGCCCAGCACAGGUGGUGUAAGGGGAGGAGAGGCGGGGCGGCGUCCGACGAAGGGAGGGGUCGGGGGAGAUGGUGGGCAUGGUGCGGCAGACCCCACUUUGGGUGGUGGAGGCGGUGAGACGGAGGAAGGCGUGAUCCACGCGGUGGAGACCCACCGUGCGGAGUUGGCGGAGGAGUUGGAGGAGGUGAGGCAGCCAUUCUGGGUGACUAGUGCCACCCUCCUUUCCAAUGGGAGAAAAUCACGAGACGGGAGACCAAUCGUGAAUUUCCUUGCUGCUGGCUCUCGAGGGGUCGUCGUGUACACAACGAUCAAUCGAGAGGGCGAGGAGGACGAUGCAGUGCACGUCCAUCGGAGAUGGGUUACCAUUUUCCACAAGUUCAGCUUCGGCGGGCCACAGCGGAUCAAUGCGAUAUCGGAAAGGAACUGGGCAGUCCACGAGGGCAUUCACACAAAGAAGCGCAACCAGUUGGCCUUCGAGAAGGUCGUGCAACUCGUUGAGAUCACCGCAAAUGUGCGGUUGACUGAGUAUCGGCGGGCUGGAUGCAGUUAUGUGCUGUCAUGGCAGCGGGACGAGGGCAUGCUGGAUUGCCAGGCAGGACUCGAGUUGGAGCCUGUGCGCUCGGGGACUCACAGGGGGAUGGCGGAGGAGGAGAUCGCCCAUUCGGUUGCACUUAUUACCCAGGAUCCCAUCAGGGCGUCCGCACCACCCUCGGCUGAUGCUGUUUUCGAUAGACGUGAUUGCAUUUUUCGUCCCUACCCUAGGGAGGACGACUCAGACGAGGAGCCGAUACCCGAGGCGGCAGAUGACCCUGCGCUCCGCAUUCCCCGGGAUAUCGACGAGACGCACGAGGAUCCCGACUCCAAGGAGAUGAUGGCACACUGCACGACGGGCGGCGGACCAGGCGGAGAGGGAGAUGCUGGGGGGAGACGAGGACUUUUGGGGCCCAUUCGUGCUGGAGGAGGUGCAGCAGUGGAGGGGCAGGUGGCAGCAGCAGGAGGAGCAAGUGGAGGAGCAGCAGCAGUGGAGGUUGAGGUGGGAGCAGCAGUGGAGGAGGAGGAGGCACCGUCGGCAACUGCAGUAGAGAAGGAGAUAGCCGCACAGGCCGAGGUGCAGCGUGGGGGCGAUGACGAGCGGCUGAUGCAGCAGUUCCUCACGGAGGAGCUCGGUCCGGCCAUAGCGGGGUGGGGUGGUGGCGGGGGAGGACGUUGCGGAGGGAGUGGCAGCAGAGCCGGUACCCGAGGAUAUGCCGGUGGAGAAGAGGCAGCGGACGUUGCUGUGGAGGGACGGCCACAGGCGGUGGAUGAGGCUGUGCAGGCAGAACAAUGGCGAGUCGAGGGGGCUAUAGACGCACGGCGCGAGGUCCAGGAGACAGCGACGGGUACAGUCAUUCCGUUCUCGUGCCUGCACUUGGCUCAGGCCCGACAGCCGCAGGCGGUUCAGAUGGCAGUGCAUGGUGUGCCACCGCCCGUUAUCACGGAGUUGGGGUCCGAGCCGGUGGUUGUGCCCCCACGUCUUCCUAGCCACUUUGCUCCGCAGGAGGUCCGUCAUCCUUUGGAUGCAGAGGAGUUGGCGAGAGAGGUUGUGCGCAAUGUUACUCGUUUGGACCGGCGCAUCUUCGACCGGAGGCUCGAGCAUCCACCAUGGAAGUCGAUCUGUUCGGUUCCAUGGGGUCCUGCGUUGCCCGUGUGGUCUGGGUCUACCUCCACUGAAGGACAUACCGCGGGACAUGUUCCAGGGGUUUCGGGUGGCAUGACGAAGACAGCGCCACGAACAGGAGACAUGCCACCCCCUCCUCCUAGAGCACCUGCAGGUGAUCCAUCACCGUCGCCCAUAGGCAGAGGCUCUCGAUCCCCACACACGCCAGGGAGAUCUAGGAUUCGUGACACGACGGUUGUUCAGCAGGACGUGUGUGACACGACGAUAUUUGGGAGGACAGAUAUAGAUUUGGAUUCCACCCGCCGUGUCACGGAGCACACUGCACGCCUUCAGCCGGGCUUGGGAGGAGGAGGCGCUAGGACGACUGCGACGAGGGAGGUACCGGCUUCAGGUUGUGAGCCUCAGCGAGGUCGUGGCAGAGGAGUGUCCACCGAGACCUUGGAGUACGCUCUGAGAGUAGCGACGCGUGGCAUGCAGGAGCAGACUCCACGCAAGCGUGGAGUGCCUCCUCGUCCACGCCCCAUGCCUGCAGAGGGACGCGCAACACUUGGAGAGAGUUCGGGGGCGGAGGGGUUGGGAUGCCUCGUGGAUCCCGCUGUGAGCAGACCAUUGCAGAGGCUAGUUAAUGUCGGAAUGAUGAUGCUGAUCGUGCCGAAGAACAGUACCAACAGCCCCCUAUGGUUGCAAAUUGAUGAUGCUGAUGAUGAUAAUGAUGAUGUUGAUGAUGUUGAUGAUGUCAAUGAUGAUGAUAAUGAUGAUGAUGUCGAUGCUGAUGAUGAUGAUGCUGCUGAUGAUGAUGAUGGUGACGACGACGCCCAGCGCCCUGUGAUGACAAAAGGAUGGAGAUGGUGCAAAUGACGAACACCUUGGAUAAUAACCUAGUGAUGAUGAUGAUAAGGGUAAGCAACGCCCUAUGACGAACAAACUUCGCCAACAGCG